AUAAAGCAAGGAAGGCGGUGUUGCGCAUACAACAUUAGCUCUGUGUAGUUUCAAUUCAUUUACUCUCCCUAAAAUGUCUGCAGUAGAUAUAACCGCAUUUCCAAAGGACUUUGCGUGGGGAGCUGCGACUGCUGCUUAUCAAAUAGAAGGUGGCUGGAAUAUGGAUGGUAGAGGCCCCAGCAUAUGGGACACAUUCUGCCAUGAAGGAGGACGGGUGUUUGGAGACCAUACCGGAGAUGUAGCCUGUAACAGCUAUCAACUCUGGGAAGAAGACCUGAAAUGUAUCCAGCAGCUCGAUCUCAGCCAUUACCGUCUGUCCGUGUCCUGGUCACGGAUCCUUCCCGAUGGAACCACAAAUCAUAUCAAUCCAAAAGGUGUGGAGUAUUACAACAAAGUGAUCGACAGCUUGAUUGCUAGUGGUGUGACCCCCAUGAUCACCCUGUGGCACAUGGACUUACCUCAGGCCCUGCAGGAUUGCGGUGGCUGGUGCUCGGCAGAGAUUGCUGACACCUUUGAAAGUUAUGCCAGCUUUUGCUUUAAGACCUUUGGAGACCGAGUCAAGCUCUGGAUUACACUGAAUGAACCUUAUGUUUGUGCUAUGCUAGGCUACGAGGAUGGUAUCUUUGCCCCUGGGAUUAAAGACCCAGGACUGUCCGUCUAUGUGGCUGGUCAUAACAUGCUACGGGCACAUGCUAAAGCCUGGCAUGCUUAUAAUACACAUUUCAGGCCUUCACAAGGAGGGCAAGUAUCUCUGGCUUUGAACAGUGACUGGGCAGAGCCGUUGACUGCAAAAGAUGCUGCGGCCACCGAACGCUAUAAAGAGUUCACUCUGGACUGGUUUGCUUGUCCGGUGUUUUGCACAGGAGAUUACCCGGAAUCCAUGAGGUCCCGGAUUGAGAAUAGGAGCCUGGAACUGGGGUAUAAGCAAGGUUCACGACUGCCUCACUUCUCAAAAGACGAACCCUCUCCAUUGGGCACAGCAGAUUUCUUUGCGGUGAACUAUUACACGUCUCGGAAAGUGAAAGAUCUAAGUGAGAACACGGAGCUCAGUUUUGUUGGAGAUCAGGGGGCGGAGGGUGUUAUUGACCCAUCGUGGCCCAUUUGUGGGGUGCACUGGUUGGCUGUUUACCCUGAAGGAUUGCGGAAGUUGCUAAAGUAUAUUAAGGACACAUACACCAGUGUGCCCAUCUAUAUCACAGAAAAUGGCUUUUCCCAGAUGGGACCGGUUCAGAUUGAAGAUGUCGACCGCUCCCAGUUUUACGAGGACACUUUGCAGCAAGUUGGCAAAG